UCGAACGGAGCGGCCGGCGCGGGGCGGGCGGGGGCGCCCUGGUGUCCGGCGCGGCGCGGGGAGUGCGGUGCGACGGCGGCGGCGGCGGCGGCGGCGGCGGCGGCGGCGGCGGCAGCUGCAGCAGCAGCAGCAGCAGCAGCAGCAGCAGCAGCUGCCGCCGAAAUAAAAGUCAAGGAAGGGGCAAGAGUCUCUUGGACUGUCUUUGGUAAAGUUUGAGUAGCGCUAGCAGUCCUGAUACAAAGAAGUGGCUUCAGCCUGAAAACGGACGGGUUGUACAGUUGCCCGGCGUGGAGGGGGAGAAACUGAUGUAAAUGCAGAUGACCAUGCAGAAUGCAGUUCAGGUGUGGUUUGGAGAUGACCUUCCUCUAAGUCCGCGAAGUCCUCUGACUCCCAGGCAUGGCCCAGGUUUGGCAGAUGUUUGCCUAUAUGACCAAUGGAUAUCUGUGCGGCAUGAGGCAACUUUGGUGCCUAUGCAAGAAGAUCUGUCAAUCUGGCUGUCUGGCCUGUUGGGAACAGAAGUCACAGCAGAACAAUUGCUGGAAGAACUUGAUAAUGGAGUACUACUUUGCCAAUUGGUUGGUGUUCUUCAAAACACAAUUAAAAAAUGUUGUAGCUCAAAUAACUUAAGGAAUUUCCCUAUGAGAAAAGUUCCAUGUAAGAAGGAUGCUCCAUCAGGAUCUUUCUUUGCUAGAGAUAAUACUGCCAACUUUCUGAACUGGUGUAGGGCCAUUGGAGUUGACGAGACUUAUCUCUUUGAAUCUGAAGGGUUAGUUCUGCACAAGGAUCCAAGACAAGUGUAUCUCUGUUUGUUGGAAAUUGGUCGUAUUGUGUCCAGGUAUGGAGUUGAACCUCCUGUGCUAGUAAAACUGGAGAAGGAAAUUGAGCUUGAAGAAACGCUGCUAAUGACCUCUGGACCAACACUGCCUGUUAGCACAGCAAAGUCAUGUCACCAUGGGGAGUUACAUGAGGCAGUUAAACAUAUAGCAGAAGAUCCUCCCUGCAGUUGUUCCCAUCGAUUUUCAAUUGAAUACUUAUCUGAAGGACGUUAUAGGCUGGGAGAUAAAAUACUGUUCAUACGAAUGCUGCAUGGCAAGCAUGUGAUGGUACGUGUCGGUGGAGGCUGGGACACUCUUCAAGGUUUUCUGCUUAAGUAUGAUCCAUGCCGAGUUCUUCAAUUUGCAACGCUGGAACAAAAAAUCCUGGCGUUUCAGAAAGGGGUCACCAAUGAUAGUGUCCCCAACUCCUCAGCCAGAAGUCAGCAACCUCCUCCCAUGAAUCCGAUGUCAGCAAUUAAUAUGUUUCAAAAGCAGCCAUCAAAACCCUCUACUCCUGUUUCAGCUCUGAAGGCUGCCCAUGGGGCCAGUGGUAAGAAAGCUUUAUCUAAACGUCCUCAGUCCCCUGCCCUGGCAUCACCUAAAGUACCAUCACACCCAUCCUCUACAGCCAAACCAUUGUUAGUCAAGUCCAAAUUACAGGGGACUUCAGUGACGGGCACGCAGUCUCCUUUCAAACCAGUAACGGGCACCUCAAAGAAGCUGGAGUCUCCUGCACCUAAUUCACCAGGUUCUACGCCUUCAUGUCCUGUGCAGCGUGUAAACAAGGGUCCUGCAGGAUCAAGAACAGCCCUUGUUCACUCUGAAACAUUGCGCAAACGUAUUCGGUCCCCUGACGCUCCGAAGGUGAAAUUUGCCCUGGCCCAGAAGUCACCAGGAACAGGGCUACAGUCUACCCUCUCGUCCUCCACGAAACAGCUGUCUCAGCUGCCUGGAACAAAUGAAAUGAUAGCUUCAAAACAGAAGUGUGUCCCUUCUAAAUGCAAAUCUGUAUCUAGCACUACAACCAAAGCUAAUUCUGUUGCUCCAAAGCCUGCACGGCCACCCAUUACAAAUCUGCGUACCGUUGCCAAAUUUGCACAUUCUCAGCAGCUCCUUGUGAAACCUCCUUCUGCAAAUAGUAUUCAGACUUCAGGGACUGGGUCUCAGCAUCCUCAGAAAGCUCCACAAACAGCUUCUGAGCAGGGAAGGAACCUUAAAACUGCUUCAGUCCUAAAACACUCAGCUUCUGCACCUUCCCUUGCAGUUACUAAAACAUCCAAAUCACCACCUACACUGGUAUCUGCAAGCAAAAAUGUAUCUUCAGAUGUCAAUAAGCAGGCAGCCACAGAGCAUUUACAGGCCCAAAAUGUCAGUAAAAGCCUUCAGGUUGGACCCACUUCAUCGAAACCUCCUGAUCGCACUCCAUUAUCUGUUGUGCGGCUUCCUCAAACUUCAGCCAAAGCAGCAAAGACCAAAAAGCCAGCACAGCCUUCCACAAAAAGCCAGCCUGCAACCAAAAACUUGCAAGCAAGUGAAACUUUCGUCCCAGCAACCAAGAAGGCUCUCUCUAAAGGAAAAUCAGCAACAGCAUGUAACAAAGGGAUCCCUGGUGUAUCAAAAGGUCCUCUUGCAAAGAGCAGACAAGACGAUCACUAUUUUGUUAUGACAGGGAGUAAAAAGCCCAGAAAGUAAAAUAUCUGCUGCCUUCUGUGGAAGUUGUAAUCUCUUGCAAAUGGGCCUCUUGUAUCUGCUACACAGAGGAGGGGGGAAAUCAUGUUAAAUAACACUACAUUUAACAUAUGAAAUGUUAGGUAUAAUGUAUGUCUUGCUGCGUAACUUACAGUAAGAACUGUAUGUAUUUUGUGGUUUAAAAACUUCUAUCUUGAUAUAUUUAGAAGUAAGCUUGCCUGCUGCUCAGCACUGUGUAAUACAGAAUGUACCUGUUUGCUGCUAGCCUGACCUGGUGUGGGAAAGGGCAGGAGGGAGGAGAGGGGAAACAGGGCUGCUGCUGCUUUUGCUGCUGUUGCUCAUUUUGAAGGGAGCUAAGUCUAUUCAAGGUUUCACCCAGGGCAGAGCCUGAGUGAUUCUGGCUGUUCUGGCACACGUUUUGAGGCUUGUGGCAAGCGACAGAGCUGGGCGCAUGCUCUACAAGCCCUAGUACCUCAAAUAAAACUAUUUAUUUUUAUUUACCAGUGUUCCAGACCCAAAUUUGGGUCACUUACCUGUUUUAAAAAGAAAAAGAAAUCUCUAAUCCUGUUUAGAUUUGACAGCUGCGGUUAUCAAUUUUUACCGCGACCCUUUAACAUGCCUUAAAGUGGCCUCAACUUACUCAGAAAUGGAGCCUCUUGGGUUUGCAUCAUGGAGCUGGACAUGGAGUACUAUGGCCUUGAUCACUAUCUCUUUUUGUGCCUUAGCCUCGCAAAUUCAUGGCAGAUCUCUUCAGUGAGCAAUGUUGCUUUCAAAAAUUGGGGUGCUGGGAGGGCGUUUUCCCCUGGGACGGAGCCCCCGAGCGACUCCUGCUCCCAUGGCACGGGGGCUGCAAGUACUGACUGGUGUAGGCAGGGCCCUACUGCUCUGCAGGAGUUGUACGGAAAACUGAAUCCCUAAAAGACUUUUCAGGGCUAGAAGCUGAUUUUGCAAACAGUGGCCUUUCUUCAUUUUGUUUAUGGAGACCUUAUUUCUGGCUGUCUUGUAUUACCUUUUUGGAGGUGAGGAGUAGUUAAGUCUCCCAAAGAGCUGAAGAGCAGGGACUGCAUUUGCCCUAAAACUCAUAAAAGUGCCAGAAAACUAUGUGCCGUUUACACUUACAACUCCUGAAGGCUUUCAGUGGGUUAAACAUCUGUGGUGCUCAACCCUUAACUAAUGCUCUGCACAGAAGUGGGUUUCAUGGUGAAUAAAAGCUAUCGUCCGUUCACCAUCUUUGGGGGGUAGCAUUGCCUGAGAUAUUUUGGGUUUGAUGAAAGGUUAGUCCUACAAACACUGAGGAACUCUGAAGUUCUGUGAAGAGACACUGUGGACUUCCAGAGACUAUUUUUUCUCUCCGUUCCCAGGGUGUUUACUUAUGGGCAGAAGAGACGAAUGGAAACUGCAGCUUCUGGCAUUGUGUAUUUAAUAUUUUUCCCAGAACUAGAGUAAGCCAUCAUCAUAAACUGAGUUCUCAUUCUCAGUGGCAAAGUCGCAUAACUACCUUUCAGAAAACCUUGUUAUCUUUGUUUAUUUAUGAUUCUAUUUAUGCAUAUCUACUGUAUGAUACCAAUUACAACCUGCUGAGAAUAAACUGUAAAUAACUAUAUCCAAAAUAUGGGAAAGGAAAACAGACCUAUUUUAAUAAUGUGGACACAAGUCCCACAAGCUCACAUACAAAAUUGUAUGUUUGGAUGACAUCUUAUCACUUUUUUGUUUCAUAUAUACACUAGUCAAAGUCACUACUGUAAAUAUUAAGAAUGGUAUUGACUGUAGUGGAGUGCUUUCAUGUUUGAUAAACGUGGCAUGUUGUCUCAUACACUGAAAGCAUUUUAUAGUAGAUGACUUGCUUUUGAUUUCAGACUUUUAAAUAGGGAGCUAUAUAUCUCAUGCAGAAUUAAUGCCUGAAUUUCUUGGGGUUUCUUUCUGAACUGUUUACAAGUUUUUUAGUAGUAUUUAAAAACUGAGACCUUGGAUUCCAGUGUAAGGCUGUCUUGGCAUCUAGUUUCUUGAAAUAUGACUUCAGAGAAAAGGACAUGGAUGGUUUCAUCUUUGUGAUCCAUUAUGUCAUGUAAUAGACUGAAUUUUACACUUCAAAAUGAAAUAUAAAAGUAUAAUCUGGGAACCUGGCACUGAAGAAGGCAAAAAAUUCCCUUUUAGAAUUGAAACCUUAAACAACUAACCGAAGGACGGUUCAGCUGUUGUAUGUGGGUGGGCUUGGUUUGGUUUUGUUUUAAUACAGAAAGUGUAUUCAAACAUGGUCUGACUUCUGGAAAUAUUGCAGUCUCCAGCCUUUUGGCCUUAUGCUAACUAAGGCUGUGAUGUGGCAAUGAGGUAAGCCAACAAUCAAAAUGUAACAAGAUACCUCUUAAUCAAAAUAUAUAAUCUUUUUGCAAAGUUUACAUUGCCAAAUAAUAAGUCUAAUCUUCAGCUUGUAUUACUUUUCAUGAGGGAAAGAUAACCUGGAGCAAGAAUCUGAAUUCUCCAUGUGUUAUUGAUGUCUUUCUGUAUGAGUACUUAUUUUUAAUAAACAUUUUUUACAUGCA